GAACCCCAAAUUUUGGGUUUCCUCGGAAUUUCCUCGGAAAUUCGUCGGAAUAUUCCGAGGAUCUCAUUUUCCGUCAGAAUGUCCGUCAGAAUUACGCUGUUUUCUUGUAGUGCGAGUUACAUAAAAACGUUGAGUAUUACUGUAUAAUGUAUCGGGUAUUUGUCGCAAACUGCUAGAGCAAAUGAAGAUAAACAAAAGAUAUUAUAUCAGAUUGAUCGCUUAAGUUUUGAAAAAUGCAAGAUUUUCCAUUCUACAGACCAGCUGACACUUUCAAAUAAUCUAUAUAGAGUUGUCGUUGAGAGGUCCAAUGAUUCUUUUGUACGCUUAGAAAUCGAACCUUCUCAUCUACUGUCAAUUUAUUAGGUUUCAACUUGCAGCCAAGCGACCCCGCAUCAGUCUAAUCAGUCGUCUCUUCUGAUUAUAUGGGGUAUUGUCAUCCUUAUUGAAAGUCAGAACUUUCUUUUUCAUAUUUAAGAAAGUUUUACUAUUCUAAUUAUCUGCCAACCACUAUGAUAUGAUCGUAACUAACUUACAUAUAAUUAGAACUCCGCACACUAAGUAACACUUGUCAUACUACAAUUUUUUUUAACGCUAGUUUAUUAUAUUAUCUAUAACAUAGAUAAUUUUAUAACCAAUAAUUUUAUUUAUUUUAUAACGAUUCACAGUUAAAUAUAUCAUUCUAAAUCGUCCUAUGAAGAUGAUUCUACAUACAUCAUGUUAAAUAUAUUAUGUAAUAUUUUUUUGUUAAUUUGCAUUUUUCACUUUUCUAUAACUCAAAUUCAGUUCUUAUUGUUUAAAAUAUUAACUAACUUCAAUCAAACCAAUAGACUAAGAGAACUUCCAUUAUUAUACUAGGAAUCCAAAUCCUAGUUUAGUACGCAAUUCCCGUUGAUUUUAAUGGUUUAAGUUCGAACUCGUAACUUUGGUUGUUUUUAAACAAAAAAAAAUAAGGAAUCAUUAGUACACAACUGAUUUACUGCUAUUGAUUUUGACCAUUCUUUUUACAUUGUGUUUUUGUUUACUGAAAUGUUUGUAUAAUGGCUAAAAAUUACUAAUUCGUAUGUAAAUAAUGUAAUGCAUGGAGGUGGACGCUUAAUGAUGUGAUAUAGGGACAAGUCAUAACAAGUGUUGAAAAUACAUUUAUACCAGCAAUAACAGUGAAAAUAGAAGCUCUGGGAUCUGUACAUUAUAGUAUUAUAACGCUCCAAUCAUAGAGGCGGCGGCGACGAAACCUGAGCCAAUACAACUUCUUCAUCUUGUAACAGAAAACAUAGUCAAUUCCGUGAAGCGCGAAUAUUAUUAUGUGGCAGUCAAUCUUUAUACCCCGACAAGACUACCCUCCUGCAAAACAAUUUGACCAAAAUAUACCUCGUUUGAUAAAUCUAUUAUCAGUUUGUAAUUACUUUUAGCCUUUGUAAUGAAGAAUUAUAUAUUCUAGUUACAUUUGAUGAUGAUCAAAAUGACAGUAUAUAUUUUUGGCAAAAAAGCAGUAUAUUUCUACUAUACAUCAUUCAUCGAAGGUUUUAUUAAGUUGUUUUACAUAUAUAAUUUCUGGUACACCGUGAAAAACACUCGGAACAUGUGGAAAAAAACAUAAUAAUAAACUAAUAUUAUAACAUGUGAAGAAACAUAAUAAUAAAGUAAUAUUAUAAAUAACUUGCAUGGAGACGUUGAAAAAACCAAUGAUUCUUAUCAGCUGUUUGUCGCAUGUUUGACCCAUUUAGCCGCAUAUUUGUAAUCACUAUUGUCAGUAAAACAAAUCUUGCAUAUUAAAAUUGAUAUGUUUUGUAUAAAAUAUAUUGUUUGUUUGACCAAAAAAAACACAUAUAUUGUUAGUUUGUUACUAUGCAUGUGCUAUAUAAACGAUUUAUCUAUUUAAGAUACAAUGUAGCGGUUUAAUGUUAGCAUUCUACAAGUUACUCGAGUUAUUAUACUAGUGUGUUGCAGGCUGUGAUCAAAUGGUAGAUGAAACCUGGGAAUGUGCUAAAACAUCCUCCAAAAUCUGAGUGUCUUUAAACAAUCAGACUUGAAAUUUAGUGUAUGUAAUUAGUACAUUAACAUGUAAAAUCUUAUUUCUGACAUUAGUUAGAAAACAUUCAAAAUUUGAAGUAGACAUAUAAUGUUUUUUUAAAGGCAAGACAUAUAAUGGCUCUUCAGAAAAAAUCAUUUAUGUAGUACUAACUACGUUACUAUCUUUUUACCGAAAAAAAAACUACGUUACUAUCAAAUGAAUAUAAUCCGAUAUAAUAUAAAGAAUCGUUAUAUUAUUUGUUCAAAUUCGGAUCACAUUUUGAUGUUUCGUUUAAAUUCUUAUCUCGUAUUCUCUUCCAUUAUAUGCUAACUAUAGUAAUUAAGAUGUAGCCAUAACGACAUCUCGAGAAACAAACGCCAACAUGGCAAAUAUAUGCCAUGUCAACAAAUGGGUGACCUCAUGUAUUUUGUCGGAAACACGCCGCCGUACGUCAUUCCCUCAAACUUGGUCUUGUCCCACGUGGAACAAUGCACCCACCUCUGUGUUAUCGUAUUAGAGAUAGAUCCUAUUACGUAUUUUACCUUCUUUUUUUGGCUUGUUUCUCUUAUAUUAUCUUUUUGCAUGGCCCCAUUUUCCAUUUUUUUUUAAAUGGUUAUUGAGUUUUUUGGGAGGCAGCCUUGUUAUUGAUUGGUUGCAAUGAAAUAAAUAUAUAUUAAAUUAUUAUUAUAUUAUUAAUAGCUCCCUUAUUAAAAUAUCUAAUCAGUUCCCCAUCUCGUGUAUAUAUAUCCCAUGUAUUUUCCAAGUUUAUAGCCACUUAAUAUAGAGAUCUUAAGAAGAAAAUCGUUAAAAAGAUUGUAAAUGGAGUAUCAAACUAGCUUCUUCUACGAAAACCAAGCUCAAGAGUUUUCACCGGAGAACUCUUGUUCAACAAACUCAUGGAGCUCACAAGAAUCAUUCUUGUGGGAAGAGAGUUUCUUACAUGAUCAAUCAUUUAGCCCUUCCUACUACUCUGACGACUUCUUAGCAUUUGGAUCAUCACUCAUCAAGGAAGAAGAGGGAGAAGACACCGUGGUGGCCUUGGAGGAGGAGGAGAGGUCAUACAGAGGAGUGAGGACGAGGCCGUGGGGGAAAUACGCAGCCGAGAUAAGAGACUCAACGAGGAAAGGGAUAAGAGUGUGGCUCGGGACGUUCGACACUGCGGAAGAGGCUGCCCUUGCUUAUGAUCAGGCAGCUUUCGCUUUGAAAGGUGACCUUGCGGUACUCAACUUCCCCGUAGAUGUUGUUAGGGACUCUCUCCAGAAGAUGGAGGAUGUAAAUUUCGAUAACGGAGAGUCUCCGGUGAUAGCUUUGAAGAGAAAACAUUCCAUGAGAAACCGACCCAGAGGAAAGAAGAAGUCUUCUCCAUCUUCCUCUUCCUCUUCGUCAUCAUCUUCAAGAAGUAGAAUACAAAGUGUUGCUAUGAAGCAAGAAAGUACUACAACACUUGUAGUUUUUGAGGAUUUGGGUGCUGAGUAUUUAGAAGAACUUAUGAGAUCGUGUUCAUGAUCAUCUCUCUUUUUACAAUAAUAUGAGAUUUAAGUGACCUCUGAUUUUUAUAAUAGUUUUUAUUGUUGUCGGAUUUUGGAAGGGCUGUGAUGGAGAUGUUGGAAGUGUAUAGACAAGUGGUCUACCGUUGCGUUAUUGUUGGAAAGCAUGUAUUAUGAAUUAUCUAAUACUACGUAAAUCACUAUACCUUAAUGCUUA